GACGCUUCUAGGGAUUCUAGUGCAUUGCUCUUGGCUAUGGGUCUAGUGACACGGCCAUUCGUGGACAAGCUGCGCGAACCAAUGUAUGCUGCCACCAGACGGUUAUUCUGGGACCCAGAGACUAUGGCCUCGCCAACUCUUCCCCUUAUUCAGGCUGGUCUACUUCUUUCCGUGCACGAGUAUGGCCAGGGGUUUCUCAGUGCCUCGUACAUGACGAUAUCUGUUUGUCUAAGCAUGGCGCAGGUCGUUGGACUAUGCCCGAUGCAAAGCCCGCCCCCGUUUCCAGGUUCCGGAUCAUGGAACUCUUCCGAGGAAGGAUUACGCACAUGGUGGGCGAUUGUCAUUCAUGAACGAAUGAUCAGCUUGAAAUGCGGCUUUCCUAUAAAGCCCCUGCAACUCGGAAACCCGGAUAUAAUCAGCAACAAGCAUCUCGACAGUGAGGUACAAAACACCGUAGCCAGCAUUAUCUCCAACCCACUUCACGACUACUUCUUUCUCCAGACCCGAGCAGCGAUCUGGUUAGACAUGGUUCUUGAAAUCGUACAAAGCCCUAGCACAAUGAGCCCGGAAGGUCGACUUCACUUUCAGCUAGUUGAUCGGAACCUCCUCGUUUUCUUGCAGUCGUUAUUCCGGCUUGGCUUGGGGUAUUGUUGCGAGGCUAUUGCGAUCAGCCUGAGCGCAUUCGUUCAUCUCCACAAAUGGCGUCUCACAUCUCCCAGCCCUUUCUUCAGCCAGCAAGAUCGAUUCGACUCAUCCAGUGCCAUCGAAACGGUCCUCACGGUUCUGUCCGAUCUCGCUCAUCACCGUUUUCAAGAUGCGACGCCCGAGGAGAAUGCGGCUCUGUAUAGGGAACCGUUUCCGUAUUUCAUUCACAUGGUGUAUCAGGCGAUGGUCGAACUGAUAAGACUUCAACGGACAUCCCAAACGAAAUCCGAUGCAUUUCAGACUCAGAUGUCCAUUAUUUGGAGGACUCUACAGAGUCAGUCCAGUAGAUGGAAAAUUGCAGGUUUGUUUUCCGCGGAUUGGAGUUUUGACAUGACGGUUGAUUCUUACACGCUUCCUUGUCUUUAG